GGCGCAAAUUAGCACCACUCACUGUGUUUUCACACUCCCACAAGAAGUACUGAACACACACACUCUCUCAGUUCAGGGGCACUUUUGUCACUUUAUUAAAAAGUUCCCUGAAUCACACCUUCUCCAUUUUGUCCUCUCAUCUUUUAGUGCUCCACUUUUUAUGUAUGCAUUACCUAAAAUACCCUUGACAUUUCUCCUUCUUACCUCGGGCGAUUCCUAACGAGCGAAUCUUGUUCUUAUUAGAUUUUUUCUUUGGAUCCUUCUCUUUCUACAUAAUACACAUUGAUUUAUGGGUGUGUGUGUGUUUGGAACUACAUUGGGUAAUGGGUCAGUGAGUUUUGUGUGUAAAGGUGGAAUCUUGAUUUGUUGAAUGACAUUUGUUUUUGCAUUUGGGUUAAGUGUUAAAUGUAUGAAACAACCCAUUAAAGCAAAGUUCUUACUUGAGCUUUUGCUUUAAUCUUUUUGUUCUGUACAAACCCUUUUGCUCUCUUUCUCUAAAAGAAGUGAUCUUUUUGUGUGAAAAAGGUUUCUUGAUGAUGAAAACAGUGAGGUCUGAUUAGUAAGGUGGGGUUGUUUUAUUUUAGCUUAUUGGGUUUGUCUGUUUCAAGAUUUGGGAGGUCAUUUUAAAGAUCUAAGACUUGGGGAGCUGAAGCAAUUGGAGUUGCAAGAAUGAAGUCUAGUGCAAGACUUGACUCAGUUGUUUUUCAGCUAACUCCUACUAGAACUAGGUGUGAUUUAUUCAUUAUAGCUAAUGGCAAGAAGGAGAAAAUAGCUUCUGGUUUGCUGAAUCCUUUUCUUGCUCACUUGAGAACUGCUCAAGAUCAAAUUGCAAAGGGUGGCUAUUCAGUUUUGCUGGAACCAGAUGCUCAUGUCGAUGCUUCAUGGUUUACAAAGGGUACAGUGGAAAGGUUUGUCCGUUUUGUGAGCACUCCGGAGAUCCUGGAAAGGGUGUACACCAUAGAAUCUGAGAUCUUGCAGAUCGAGGAAGCAAUUGUCCUUCAGGGACACAAUGAUAUUGGGAAAGGGCCAGUCGAAUAUAAAGAAGCAAAACCCGCUGGAAAUUUUGCAGGUACUAAAUUGACAGCAGAUAUUAGUGAGGAGAAAGCUAUUGUCCUUUACAAGCCAGGGGAAUAUCAACCUCAGACAAAUGGGUCAGGCUCUCAGGAAGAAAAUUCAAGAGUACAGCUUUUGAAGGUCCUGGAGACUCGCAAGUCUGUGCUUCAAAAAGAACAAGGAAUGGCAUUUGCACGUGCUGUAGCUGCUGGUUUUGAUAUUGAUCGCAUGGCACAGAUGGUAUCAUUUGCUGAGUCUUUUGGCGCCUCACGCUUAAAAGAUGCAUGUGUAAGAUUUAUGGAACUGUGGAAGAAAAAACAUGAAAAUGGACAAUGGGUUGAAAUUGAAGCUGCAGAAGCAAUGGCGAAUCAAUUAAACAUUGCUGCAAUGAAUGCAUCUGGAAUUCUGCUCUCUAAUAUUGCUAAUAAGCCGUUUGAUUCCAACAGUGAGAUGGCUUCUGAGAAUUAUGUGAAAUCAAGCGCGGAUGGUAAUUCAGGGGAAAGGCCUCCAUCGGAUCAACAAAAUCCAAAUGGUCAACAACAAUAUCAGUUUCUUCAUCCAAUGUUUCCACCUUGGACAAUGCAUUCUCCAGGCUCUGCCGUACCUGCUUUUCAAGGAUACCCUAUGCAAGGAGUACCAUAUUAUCCAGCUUAUCCAGGAAAUGGGCCUCUCUAUCAAUCUCCUUAUCCAGGAAUGGAAGACUCUCGUAUGAGUGUCACUCCGAAAACUAGACAGAAAAGACAGUCUUUGGAUAGGGGAGAAAGCAACAGUGAAUCGGAGGAGGACGAAGAAAUGGAUAGUGAAAUUUCUCAUAGUCAAAGAAAGAAGGCUGGUGGACGGUCUAGGAAAAAACAAUCAGGAAAGGUUGUUAUACGUAACAUUAAUUAUAUCACUUCUAAAACAAAGAACUCUAGUGACAGCGAUUCAGAAGCAGCUUCUGGUUCGGAAAAAGAUGCUGAUAGUGAAGAUCUAGAAGGCAAUGGUCACAAUUCGGUGAACAGGGAAACUUCAUGGUCAUCAAAAACAAGACGAAGCCGCACAAAGUUUCAGGAUGAGUCAAAUUUAUAUGAUGAUGACACUGUUCGUGAGAAGGAAGCUGAUGGUGGGCAUUGGCUGGCAUUUCAAAAUUGUUUAUUGAAAGGUAACGAAGAAGAAAAUCACGCUGACAAAAAUGGCAUGUUCUCCAUGGAGAAAGAUGCAAGGAGGAGGCGAAAAAAUACCACGGGCGAUGAUCCUUUGGCUAUUGGUGCACAAGAUGGCAUUGAAAUGAAGGAUAGGUUGAGUGAUGAUAUCCACACAGUUGGUGCGAAGAUGUCGCGCAUGUCCAGGGGACCUAAUGGUGAACUUGUACUUUCAAACAGAGGAUAUGACAGUGCUCAAGGACUUGGUGACCAAAUGGACAUGCAGUUUACAGAAAUAAAUGGGAGAAAAGUCAUGCUUAGAACUUCAAAUGAUGAUUUUAUGUUAAAUGGUCGAGACAAUCAAUCAGGGAUGAGAAAUUCAUUAGAUCCUCUAGCUGUAAAUGCAUUUGAGCAUGCGAAUAAGAUAGAGACAGCAUCCUCACAUGAUAUGGCUGAUGAGUCUUUUGUUGUACCUUUUAGGUCAAUGUCAUUGGAUGACGUUGGACCAGAGGGAAGAACUGCCAUUAACAUGGACUCUGAGCUUCCGCAUCAAAAAUCAGAAAACAACUCUGCUGGGGUUAUGAGCUACUACGAGCCUAAUGAUUUGAGCUUGAUGCCUGAGCGUGGUACAGAAAAGAGGUCAGGUGUCUAUGACCCUGCGCUGGACUACGAAAUGCAAUUUUGCAUUGAAGGGUCUGCUUCAAAGGAUAAAAGAAAGAAUGGAGUCUCGAAUGAUGGGAACGUAGGUUCUAAAAAAUCAGAGAAAGAUCGCAGGUCAAAAGCUACUGUUGAUACUUCAGAUAAGAAGAGGAGUGGGGGACCAAUAAGAAAAGGAAAAAUGUCAAAGUCAAGUCCUUUGGAUGAUGCACGAGCACGUGCUGAGAGGAUAAGAUCCUUCAAGUCUGAUAUCCAGAAGAUGAAAAAAGAAAAGGAAGAGGCAGACCAAAAGCGCAUUGAAGCAUUAAAACUGGAAAGGCAAAAGAGAAUUGCAUCCAGAGGUGGCUCCAGCUCUGCUCGCUCUCCAGCGCCAACAGCCCAAACAAGAAAAUUGCCAGCAAAACUCUCUCCUGGAACCAUCAGGGGAUCUAAGUUCAGUGACUCAGAACCUGGAUCCUCGUCGCCGUUGCAAAGAACCAAAAUAAGAACUUCACUGGUGUCAACUGAUCUGCAAAAGGGCUCUAAAGCCAGCAAAUCAACUGAUGGCAGCAAAUUGGCUGGUAACAAAUUGAGUAGAUCGGCGUCGUCCUUGUCUGAACCAAAAAAAGAAAACAAUGGUGUUACACCUGAUUCAAAGGCAUCUAUGGCACGAAUAAGAAGAUUAUCAGAGCCCAAAGCAAUCAGCGGCAAGCCUGGCACUUUGGGGAAGGCACAAAGUGCUGAAUUCGUAUCAAAGCCCAAGGUUCGGAGUGCGGAACCAGUGUCUAAGACGAAGCGGUCUGAUGUGCCAGAGAGCAAGAAAAUAUCUGCUAUCAUAGACCUUGACAAAAAGAAGGCUGCUACUCUUCCGGAGCUGAAAAUCAGAACCACCAAAGAAUCGUCUGAUUUGCCACAAGAUAAACCAGCUGCAGAGAAUAUAGCAAAAGAGAAGAAUGACAGGCCUUCCGUAGUAUCCAAAGGCAUUGAAUCAUGCAAGAGUGAUCUAGAUGAAAACAUUAUUGAGAAAACUGUUGUUAUGCUUGAGAAGGAGAAGCCCUCGUUUGCUGUUUCCAAAUCAUCAUCAGAGAAUGACAGUGUAGAGAAAACUGACUUUGCAUCUACACGUGACCCGCCCUCACCCUUUGAGGGAUUUAUCCGAGCUCCUGCUCCUAGCCGACUGCAAGAAGUGUCAAAUACCCAUGAGGUAGGGACGAGUUAUGCUGAUGACACACCCAAAUUUGCAAAUAUCGGUAGUACUGUUUAUUGUGCUCCCUAUGCUCGUGUCUCCUCUGUAGAGGACCCUUCUACCAGAAACUUGGAGUAUGUUAAAGCACCCCCGUCGAGCUCAGACAUAGCAUCAACAGUUAAAGAAAUUGCCAAAGCUCAUGCACCUGAUAUUCACACCAUCAGAGUAGAUAACAAUCCAGAAGCUGCAGAAAAGACUCAAUUGAAGGAAUCACCAAAAGGUUUUAAACGCCUUUUGAGGUUUGGAAAGAAGAACCAUUCCUCUGCAGGAGCGGAAUCAGAUGGUGCAACCAUGAAUAGUGUCAAGCAGGAUGAGAGUGCCACAAAUGCUUCCUUGCCUAGUGAAGUUUACACUUUGAAGAAUUUGAUCUCCCAAGAUGAAACCCCAACUGGUGGCAAUGCUCCUCAGAAGUCUCGCCUCUCUUUGUUAUCUCCCUUUCGAAGCAAGACUACUGAAAAAAGGUGACAGUAUGCAGUAUCAAGAUUAUUCAAGUCUCCUAUGGUUGUCAGGUCGAGGUGUGACACAUCUAUUCAUCAUUUUUUUAAUUUUGCUCACAGCUCUUUAUGAGUUUCCAAAAGCAGUUCAUUUCCUAAAAUGUAGUAUUUUGUAAAAAGGUAUGGUGUUAAGAUGAAAAAUGUAUAUACGUUCGACUGCCUGUUAGCUUUCAAUGUACUUUACAGUUUGGAUUUGAUAGUUGGUGUUUGCAGUAAAGAUGCUCCAGAAAUUUUUACAGUUCC